AUUCUAUAGAGUCUUUGAACCCUGUAAAAGACGUUCAGAAGUAAUAGGCAAUUUAAUUUAUUGAAUCGUUUGGACUUUGUACUCGAUAUGUUCUUGUAUACACAUACAGGUGAUCACCCAUCGAAUGUUGAUACACCAUUAUAAACUCGGCUUUUAUCUUACUCUCUCUUAAGCUUGCAACUCAGCUCUGUUUUACCAUCAAACGUGAAGCAUUUGAUAAUGUCAUACUUCAUGAUUUUAACUGUUGCAAGAAAUACACAACAGACGUGUGACAUAUGCCUGUAGUUAAUGUAUAUAGACGUCGAGGAGCAAUAUUUUACAUUCUACACUGUUAUACAAACUUGCUUCUUAUGUGAUCAUCAACGAGGAUCGGUAUGGGAAACGCUUUGACCUAUAUCAGAGACUGGUGGAGCCCAGGUAAAGUUCCUCUAAAAUCUCCAGAGGGAGAAGGUUUGCUAGAAGACGCCGCGUUCCGGCAGACACUCCUCAUCAGGAUCUUCAGCUUUCAGGAGAAAAUGGGCUUUUGCGGCAUCCAAUCCGCCGCCCUCCUCAUGAGCGCGAGAUACUUCGGGAUAAAGUUUCCAAAUCCAGCCAACCAUUCCACAUGUGACGUCACCGAAGUUCCUUACAGAGAUACGAACAUGUUUUCAUUCAAAGAGACGACAAAUAUCGUAAACUGCGAAGAAGUUCUAAAAAGAGGCGCCACGCUUUACGAAAUCCAGUGCUUGUUGCAGGCGCAUGGCGUUCCAACGACUAAGUUCUAUGCCAAGGUUAUCGAUGUCGAUACAUUCCGGUCAAGGGCAAUCCAGGCGCUGUCGCACGGCGAUUCUUCGCAAGGAGUGAUGGUCAACUACUUAUACCCUCAGACUUUCACGACCGAUUCAGGACCUAUUCAGGUAGGACAUUUCAGCCCGCUGGCCGCUUACCACCGCGACACUGACCGCUUUCUUUUGUUGGAUGUGUGGUAUGAAGGACAGAGCGAGUGGAUAAAAACCAGCGAGUUAUUUAACCUAAUGAACACCGUCGAUCCAGACGGCAAGGUCACACGAGGGUUUUUGAUAUCUGGUUUGGACGAAAAUGAGAAUGAAAAUUAGGCAUAUCAUAAGGAAAGACAUUUUACUCAUCCAAAACAUAUCUAUUAUAGUCUUAUCCUGCUCAACUGUAUUACACAUGGCAAGGGGUUACAGUUAUUAAAAGAGAAAAGGAGACAGAGAAUCAGAAGAAAGCGAAAAUGAAUGCUAAAUGAGGAAUUAAAGUACUUGUAAGGAAAAUUAUAUUAGAACUCCUUUUUUGGGCAUUAUCAUCACACCAAGAGGUUUACAUUAUCACAUUCUGAGUAUUUGCCUACACAUUUAAAAUAGGUCCUCCCGCAUACUAUAUUCGAAUAUUUCUUUUGUCCAUUUGGACUAUGUCAAAUCAUAUAACAUAUAUUUACACAAAUUUUUAUACCGGUUUGGUUAUGUGCAAAUAUUGAAACCAGCGUCAAAAUGGUCAAGUGACGUUGACUUGUUAUUGUGACAAAUUUGUGAUAGAUGAUCUGCAUAGGAAUGUGUAGGCCUAUGUGAUGAUGAUAAUUCAUCAGAGCUUAGUUAGAGGUUGUAUUUUCUGAAAUAAAUGUAUGGAUUUUUUAAAAAAGGAAUAAAUGCAUAUUUUGCGGAGAAUGCAUUUCUCAAUUAGUAUUUAGCAAUUUCAAUCAGAGCAAACGCGAAAGCGCAAAAGCCAGAAGUGCCGUCGGUUUUUUCCUUAGAUAUCAGAAACCGAUAUGAAUGCUGCUUAAUCAGGGCUUAAGAAAUUCAUAAUGAUAUAAAUAUGAUAUGAAGUGCGUCAAUUUUCAUGGCAAUAUACCCGAUUCGACAUUCCAUCCGUAUUUAAGCUCAAUUAGUUUGCUUGAAAUUCAUGGCAUUGUUUAGCGGAGUUUAUUAAUCAAUAUAUUUGUUUACACUUUGUUAUGACGUAUUUAGUGUAAUCGUAUAGUUAUACAGUGUGAUAUCUUCAUUCCAAGUAUAAUAGCCAAUUAUCGAGUUUACAAAUGUUUUGUUUGUUAAAGAACAAGUCCACCCCAACAAAAUGUUGGUUUGAAUAAAAAGAGAAAAAAUCAAGCAAACAUAACACUGAAAAUUUAUCAAAAUCAGAUGUAAGAAAUAAGAAAGUUCUGACAUUUCAAAUUUUUGCUUAAUUUCACAAAACAGUAUCCUGGUCGGUAUGCAAAAAAAUCAAAUCAAAUCAAAUCAAAUCAAAUGAGGAGACCGAUGACAUCAUCCACUCACUAUUUCUUUUGUAUUUCAUUAUAUGAAAAAAAAAACAAUUCUCAUUUGACAUUUAAAUACAUGCAGACGGGUUGUGUAAUACUUUCGUUGAUAUCAUAUUCAUUCCAUGGGCCGCUGUAUACUCUGCGUUUCCCUGAGAAGUUCAUUAAAAAAAAAAAAGAAUUUCGUUUGCUUUGUAUAUUUUGUUAUUCAUAUUUGGAAAUUAAAUAAAAGAUCGUAUAUCAAU